AUGACGAUCACGUCAAUAGCAGGAAAGAUACUGCCCGCCCUUGCAACCACAACGGCAGCGGUGAGCGGCCUCGCCUCGCUGGAGCUUCUGAAGCUACUUCAGCCAGACAAGCCGCUCAGCGACUUCCAAAAUGGCUUUGUCAAUCUCGCGCUGCCCCUACUGGCCUUUUCGGCGCCGCUUGCUGCACCUCGGCAUGUGUUUGGUCGGGAGGGCAUAACGUGGACCAUGUGGGAUCACAUCAUGGUGGACGAGGGCCGUGAGAUCACACUCGACGAGCUCCGGCUGCUCUUCUCGCAGAGGCAUCUCUAG